UUAUAGAUUGUGUUGUGAAGUGGCAUGAAUCCAUUGAGAAGUUAGAAUUUAUUGUGUGGUUGGCUAUCAACACAACAUAUGCUACGCACUCACUCCGCAAAUUCUAAAAGAGGACCUCCCACUUUCGUAUUCCCACUCUUUAUCUCUCUUAUUAUCUCUAUAUCCAUCACCAAAUUCGUUUUCAAAGGCUGCAACACAUUGAAACUAGGAAGAGAGGAAACCACACUUAACGUCAUCUUCAACGCAUACACACCUGUACUCAUCUAUUUUAUGGCAGGUAGUGUAUACAAAGGGAAAAGAAGCUUCAUCCUCUGACUCCAAUAUGAUGGUUUAAAAGUUAAGGUUUUUUAUUUUUUUAUUCUAUCUGUUAUAUUUAAAUUUAUUUGUUUAUUUAUCACGAUCUGGUACUCACAAGCUGGACCAAACAGUUGGAAAGAAUGGGCAACCUUCUCUAUCGGGUUAAUUAUAAACUUACAAAUAUUUCCUUUGAAACCAAUUAACAAAUAAACAAUCAUUUUAAUUAUAUUUUAUUGUUAUUAUUUUUUUAUAAUUACACUGACUUAAAAGCAUCUUUAGCGUAACCGAGUUUUGCUACAACUACUACUCCCAUUCCAAUCCAUAAGCCUGUUCUUGGUAUUAAAUCUUAUACACCAAGAACAAAACAUCACCAAAACUCUCUAAAAUUAGCAACCAUGCCUUCGUUAUACUCCAAAAAGGGUGUUAUAGGGAGACUUCUCCGAUCAAAAUGCCUUUUCCUUUUGUUUUUGACGGCAUGUUGUAGUCCCCCAGAGGACCCCAUCAAAUGUUCUUCGAAUAACACAAACUGCAACAUCACAAACUCCUACGGUGCGUUCCCCGAUCGCAGCGUCUGUCGAGCGCACAGCGUGGUGUACCCCACGACGGAGCAAGAGCUCUUUUCUGCAGUGGCUUCUGCAACCAUGAAAGGUUCAAAAAUAAAGGUGGCAACCCGUUUCUCUCACAGCAUUCCAAAGCUGGUAUGUCCAAGCUUCCAAGAUGGGUUGCUCAUAAGCACCAAGUAUCUAAACCGUGUGUUGAAGAUGGAUAUGGAAGCAAUGACCAUAACUGUGGAGGCCGGCGUCACAAUGAAGGAGCUUAUAAGUGAAGCUGCCAAUAUUGGGUUGGCCUUGCCUUAUGGACCUUAUUGGUGGGGCUUGACCAUUGGAGGUCUGUUAGGUACUGGUGCCCAUGGCAGCACAUUGUGGGGUAAAGGAAGCUCGGUUCAUGAUUAUGUUACGGCCCUUAAAAUUGUUAGUCCGGGAGGCCGUGAAGAUGGCUAUGUCAAGGUUCGGGUGCUCAAUGAUGGUGAUGAAGAGCUUAAAGCCGCUAGGGUAUCACUUGGAGUCUUGGGAGUUAUUUCUCAGGUGACUCUUAGACUGCAGCCACUGUUCAAGCGUUCCAUUACUUACUUGACCAAGGACGAUUCUGACUUGGGAGAUGAAGCAGCAAGCUUUGGCAAAAAGCACGAGUUUGCAGAUAUAACAUGGUAUCCAAGUCAGCACAAGGCAGUCUAUCGAAUCGACGACCGAGUCCCCACAAACACUUCCGGCGAUGGUUUAUACGAUUUCACACCUUUCCGCUCCACACCCUCCGUAACCCUUGCAGUUAUUAGAACCACAGAGGAGAGUCAAGAAUCCUUGAGUGAUGAUGAUGGGAAAUGCAUAGGUGCAAAGUUGGUCACUUCCAGUCUCUUAAACUCUGCUUACGGUUUGACAAACAAUGGUGUUAUCUUUACGGGCUAUCCUGUAAUCGGAUAUCAACACCGGCUUCAAGCAUCAGGGUCCUGCCUGGAAGGCCAUGAGGACAAAAGGAUCACAGCUUGCGCAUGGGACCCCAGAGUGAAAGGCGAAUUCUUUCACCAAACCACUUUCAGUAUUGGGUUAUCCUCUGUUAAAAACUUCAUUCAAGAUGUGCAAAAGCUUGUUGAGCUACAACCUAAGGCCCUUUGUGGCCUUGAACUCUACAAUGGGAUUCUCCUGCGCUACGUUACGGCCUCUAGCGCUUACCUGGGCAAACAAGAAGAAGCAGUGGACUUCGAUUUCACAUAUUAUCGAAGCAAAGAUCCAUUGACUCCUAGGCUUUAUGAGGAUGUCAUUGAAGAAAUAGAGCAACUGGCUGUGAUCAAAUACGGGGCAUUGCCACAUUGGGGGAAAAAUCGGAACAUAGUAUUUGAUGGGGUGAUAAACAAGUACAAAAAUGCCAACAAGUUCUUGAGAAUUAAGAACGUUUAUGAUCCACUAGGACUCUUCUCUAGUGAAUGGACUGACCAAGUUCUUGGACUGCAAGGUGGGAUAACCAAAUUCAAGGAAGGUUGUGCACUGGAAGGCUUGUGCAUAUGCAGAGAAGACAUUCACUGUGCCCCAAGCAAGGGCUAUUUCUGUAGACCUGGUAAAGUUUUCAAGGAUGCAAGGGUUUGUUCUCGUCCUAAGUUUCAGAAGCGAUGUUUAUAUCAAUUGCCUGGUUUCGAUUAGGGUUACACAUAAACUUUUCUCUGUAUAUGGAAAGAAAGUACAAGGAACAUAAUAAACAGUUUUUAUUUUAUUUUAUACUGGUUAAUCAACAUAAUAUUAUAUA